AAUACCCCGCGUUAUAAAUACUCCACGCAUUGCUGGUCCACCACAGUAUCAGUUCUCCUGUCAGCACAGCCUGAAGAGGAAGAAAGUGAUCACUUUAAAAUAUUUGUAAGGAAAAUAGUUUCAGAAACAUGCGUGCUUUCCAAGUGCUAGUAUUCGUGGGCGUGUGCGCCGUGGCCAGCGCGGGCUACAUCGGCCACGGCUACGGCGGCUACGCGGGCGACGCCGGUGGCUAUGAGGGACACGGCGAUUAUUAUGCGUACCCGAAAUAUGCGUUUGACUACUCAGUAAAGGACCCCCACACUGGUGACCACAAAACGCAAUGGGAGACACGUGAUGGCGAUGUUGUUAAAGGCGCGUACUCACUUGCGGAACCUGACGGCACCACCAGAAUCGUCGAGUACACCGCCGACAAGCACAACGGCUUCAACGCCGUCGUGAAGCGCAUCGGCCACGCUCACCACCCCCAAGUGUACAACAAUCACUACGACAACGGUUACUACGGCUACCACUAGAUGACACUACUAGCUGCUACCAAAAAGUUUAGACGUUACCCGAGAGAUGGCGCUGAAGUAACUUAUGAAUUUCUUCACACUUUCAAUAAACAACUACUGUGAUAAAUAAUAAUGCACGCGACUGUACAUAUUUUAUUAACGACUAAUAAUUUUAGUCUGUAAGUGCGAAAAAGAAUGACGUUAUUUGUUUUUGAUAUGUACGUAAUAAAGUUUCUUUAAAAAUAAAA